AUGUCUUCAACGCACCUGACAAGUAUCCCCCAGGCAGUCCGCGUCGCAGCGUCCAUCGACAACUCGGUAGACCCAGACCUGAAACAGCAGGCCAUCGACUACCUCACAAAAGUCAAGCACUUGUCAGAAGAGACAUGGCAGCUCUAUCUGCAAGGUGCCGGGGCUGAACGGCCGUCGUCCCUGGGCAGAGACGGCAAGGAAAAGCAAGAGACCAACAUGCGAAUAUUCUGUCAGCAAGUAGUUGACACUGCUCUCACACAAAAACCUAAUGUCCUCAAUGCGGAGUCCAUGAGAGCAAUGUACCAAGCAGUGGUCGAGUUUGUCGGACUGGAAUACAUCGAGGGACCAUGUGAAGGUGGACAAGCCUUUCUACGCAACAAGCUUGCCUUCACAAUAGCACAGCUGUUCUUACAUGCCUACCCUCACAUACCUUCCUAUCUCCAUCCGUUCUACGCCCUGCUCGCCCCCCCAACAUCAUCCCCGCCCAACUUUCAUCCCCAACUUCUCACCAUCCGCAUCCUCUUAGAAGUAGCUCAAGAAAUACACGACAUCACGCUCAAGGAGGCUCGAGUGAUGACGAAAGAGAGGCAAGAGCGGGAUGGGGUUAUCAGGGAUAUGAUUAGGUCUAGCGGGGACGACAAGGUGGCUGUUGAAGGGAUGUUGAGAUUGGUGGACACUGGACUGGAGAGGAUACACAAGGGAGAAAGCAUUGACAAGUGGGGCGAGACUGUUGACUCGACCUUGAAAGCGCUCAGCGCUUGGAUCCCUUGGAUUGAUCUUGGCGUGUCUUUGAAUCCCACCACUUUGAGUUUCUACCACCGAAUUCUCCGCCAACCAAUCUUUUCUUUCAGAACCUCUGCGGCCUCAAUCUACCGUACCCUUGUUGCGAAAGGCAUCCAAGAUCCUCAAGGAAGGUUGCAAGUUCUCCGAGUUCUCGAUCCAGUCAGCCUGAUCGACUCUCUCGAAUCUGAAACAGCCAACAACCAAGACGAGGAUGUCAUAGCAUUCCGUGCAAGUCUGGGAGCAGUCCUGUCAGCCUACGGCGUCUCGCUGGUGGCACUGUUUGACAAUAAUGAAUACCCAGAGCAAUUGCGCAAUGAAGCGGAAAGUCUUAUGGGCGACGCCUUGCCAUUGUUAUUGCGAUUCCUCAGUGACCGGCAAUAUGAAAUACCACUUUCGGUCUCUCCGUUCGUGUCAGAUCUUCUCAGGAUCUACAAAAGAAUGUUCAGGCCUGCUGCUCCUGCAACAAAACCCGGCCAGCCCCCCUCUCCUCCUCUUCCAGUACCCGAACUAUCACCAGAGCGUCGACAAUUCUUGGCGGCCAUGUUGGAUAUAUUGAUCAGACAGCUUGCAUGGCCGGAGGAUAUGGAGUGGGAGGCUCCGGGUAACGAGGACGAUACAGAUGAAGAAGUGGCUGCAUUCAAACAUUUCCGAGGGUCUUGUCGGUCAUUUAUUGAAUCCAUUGCUCAGAUAGACAAGAGCCUGCACACGGAGGUUGUGGCGAGAAUUGUGGCUUCGACUCUCGAUGCUUAUACGACGGGGGGAGCAGGUGUCGUUGCUUGGCAACAAGCCGAGUUGGCGUUGCAUCUGGUUUACACCUUUGGAGAAGUCUCGAAAAAUGCCACCCGAGCGGCCUUUUUCGACUUGCCCCCGGAAGUUGCCACCAAAGCCGCGCGUAACAAGUUCCGAAUCAAGGCCGACUCUCAAGCCAGUGGACGCACCACCCCUUCAUCUGCAUCCGACGCCGCCGAUCCUUCAGACAAAUUUGAAUAUGAGAAUUACCCCCUCUCCGCGCUUGGACAGCUCCUCACCAGGUCCAUGGGCUCGGGCAUAUCAUCCUACCCCCACCCCAGUGUGACGCUGCAGUACUUUGAGAUAAUUGUGCGAUACGUAGAAUUUUGGAAGCCAAAGGCGGAUGUCUUGCCUUCUUUAUUCGAAGCGAUCCUAGACGCAAGAGGUGUCCACAACUCUGAUGAAGGUGUGCGGCGGCGCUGCUUCUAUUUGUUCUCUAAGCUCUGUAGAGAGUGUAGGAACGAUACCAUCGAGCCUAUGGUCGCACCCAUCCUAGAUAAUAUCAGGGACUUGAUGGUGAUCACUGCGGAACUACCUCCUAUCGAUGGACCGGAAGACGAUCCCUUGCUCAAGGCUACCACCGGCAAGACAUACGUGGCGGACCAACUCUAUCUCUUUGAGGCAUCCGGCAAUCUCAUCUUUGCCACCAAGACCGACCCUGCCAAACAAAUGUCGCUUCUCCAAGCUGUCGCUGGACCCCUGAUCACCGGUUUGGCGUCGGCAGUAGAAAGAGCCCAGGCUGAGCCGACCGACCUGCAGGCUGUUCUGCAAGUGCACCACCACUUAGUAGCCUUGGGACAUUUCGCAAAGGGCUUCCCGAUAGUACCCGACAACCAAGUGGAAUCGCUGCCGUACUCUGUUCCCUUCAUGCAGAUGGCCGAGGCUCUGCUGCAGGCCAUUGAAAAGUUGAAAGGCAGGAGGGUUGUCAGAGAUGCGGCACGCUUCGCCUUCUCUCAAUUCGCAAAUGCCAUCGGUACCCCCGUGGCCAAAUUGGUGCCACGCUUUGUGUCAGCAGUGGUCACCGAAUUUGAGCCUUCCGAAUUGGUCGACUUUUUGCUGUUCUUGCAGCUUUUGAUGCACCGACUUCAGGGAAGCUCUUUCGAGACCAUGGACAUGCUGCUCUUGCCCCUUCUCUCUCGAAUCUUUGCCGUUCUCGGGCAGCCUGUGACUGGUACAGAUGAGGCGCAGGUCCAUACUCGUCUGAAGGACGCCUACCUUUCCUUCUUUACGACUUUGAUGAACGAGAACCUUGACGGCAUCUUCAUCACCGAUAGCAACAAGCCAGAGUUUGAGAGUGUCCUUACCGCUCUCUAUAAUCUGGUGCAGGACUAUGCGGAUGGCACUGCUCAAAGACUAGCGCUCGGUUUCUUCUCAAGGAGCGUGAUCGCUUGGGGGACUAGUGCGGAAGCGGCCGCCAAACCCUCUGUUUUUGCCGAGACCGCUCAGCCUACUCAGAGCAAAAUGGUAUCGAACGGGACUGCGCAGCCCAGCACUCAUGCCAUUUCAUUGGAGCAGAGGGCUAAACAGUGCCUUCCUGGCUAUGAGAAUUUCAUCUACCAAAGACUCUUGCCCGCUUGCUUUGAGGUGCCUGCAAACAGCGAAUUCAAUAUACGGGGUGGACAACUUAUCGUACAUGAGGCAGCAGUCCUUGUGCGAAACACUGUUCAGGCUCGAGGCCAAGAAGCAGUGGACUUUAUCCUGAACGACCUCUUGCCUAGACUUCAGUGUCCCCCCGAGAUUGCGAGGCAGUUGGUCACGAGUUUGACAACCCAACAGGCCAAGGAUUUCAAAAAGACCUUCUUUGAAUUUAUCAAAGCGAUGCGAGGCUAG